AUGUCGCUGCUUUGCAAAAGAUGUAUUAUUGUCCCAGGGAAUGGAUGCACGAAUGCAAAGAAAAGUAACUGGUAUGGCCGUGCGCAAGAAGAACUUACGAAGACUGGACUGUUCAAGGAAGUGAUCGUUGAGAACAUGCCAGAUCCACAUGUAGCUCGUGAAAGUGUUUGGCUUCCGUUUCUGCAGAAGCUUGGUGCAGAUGAAGACGCUGUGCUGAUUGGACACUCCAGUGGCGCAGAAGCAACGAUGCGUCUCCUGGAAAAGCAAAAGCUUCGGGGAGCUGUGUUGGUUUCAGCUUGCCACACUGAUUUGGGAGAUGAGAAUGAGAGGGCAUCGGGAUACUACGAUCGCCCUUGGGAAUGGACAGCCAUCGCUGAGAAUGCAGGCUUUAUCCUGCAGUGGCAUUCUACUGACGAUCCCUUUAUCCCGAUCUCAGAGGCCCGACAUGUGGCCGAGAGCUUGGGAGAAAAAUGUGAAUACAUUGAACACGAGAAAUCUUCGCACUUCUUCAAGUGGGAUGUCUUUGGAAACGAACUCCUGGAGAAACUGAUGAUGAAACUACAACCCGCCGAGUCUGUGGAGGCUUUGGUUGUGGAGGCCGAUGCUGGGACAAGCUCGAGUACUCCAGUGGAAGCUGCAGUCAGCCGAGAAGCUACGUGA